AGGUGGAGGUGGUCGUUUUCAUAAACCUAUUUUUUGUGUUUGUGUAUAAAGUAAGCUGCUGUUUCAGUGGUAUUUCGACAGCCAUGUCUCACAAACAGAUCUAUUAUUCGGACAAAUAUUCCGACGAUCUCUAUGAAUACAGGCAUGUUAUGUUACCAAAGGAACUUGCAAAACAGGUGCCCAAAACUCACCUAAUGUCUGAAGAAGAAUGGAGAAGACUGGGUGUUCAGCAGAGUCUAGGCUGGGUGCAUUACAUGAUUCAUGAACCAGAGCCACACAUUCUGUUAUUUAGACGACCUCUCCCAAAAGACUGAAUAUUCUGGAAUCAUUUGAAUCUUCUGGGACUACAUAUAUAAAGUGGUAUUCAGUGAAUACUUGGAUGUGUACAAACUACUUGUCAUCUCCUCUGCAUCAGCUGUAUUCUUCACAGCAACAGAGCUCCAUAUAAUACAGAUAAGCAGAAUUAUUGGAUGUCUCAAUGGAUGUUAAAGGGGCUAAAAUUUGUUAAAAGAUGUAAUGCUGUUGACAAAGUGUGUGUUGAAUGUGCUUACUAUGUUUGUCUUUCCUCCUUUUCCUUUCAGCUCUUUUCAAUAAAGUUAAUAUUUUGUCUUAUUUCAUUUAUGAAUGUGCAUUGUUUUUCAUCUCCAGUUUAAAGAAAUGUAUUUGGUAAUGAGGUUAAAAUAAAGUACUGUUCCCAUGGUACAAGUCAAAAAAAUGCACUGUUUUUAGAUCUUCAGUGCUCAGUCUUGAAAAUUUCAUAAGUGUUUGGCAUCUUGUAUUCCAAGACUGUAUAAAUCCCAAUUAUUUCUGUUCUG